CAGGACAAUAAGUUUCUGCGAUUCUUGCGAUUUUUCUGGAUUCCGCUUUCUUCGGUCAUGGUGUCUAUUGCUUUGGCUAAUGGAGGAGGGGAUAUCGUAGGCAUAAUUGCCUUGCUUAUUUUUCAUUCCGCAAUCUGCCUUGUCGUGAGUAAUAGGGCAAGAAAUGCAGCAAGAGCUUCAAUUGCAGCAGGCCUAGCACCCAAAACAAAGGUCCUUAGAGAUGGUACAUGGACGGAGCAACUAGCAGCAGUUUUGGUUCCUGGAGAUGUGAUCAGUAUUAAGCUUGGCGAUAUCGUUCCAGCAGAUGUCUGUCUUUUGGAGGGUGACCCUCUUAGAAUUGAUGAAUCUGCUCUAACCGGUAGUUCACCACCGGUAACCAAGAAUCCUGGAGAUCAAAUUUUCUCUGGGUCCAUCUGCGUGCAAGGGGAAAUAGAGGCUGUCGUCAUUGCUACUGGGGCUAAUACCUUCUUCGCCAGGUCUGGUCACCUGGUUAAGAACACCAACCAAGCGCAGCCCUUACAAAAGAAGAUACUGACGGCCAUCGGGAAGUUUUGCAUAUGCUUAACUGCUUUGGGAAUGAUGGUAGAGAUAAUCGUCAUGUAUCCAAUCCAGCACAGCAAUUACAGGAAUGGCAUUGACAAUCUGUUGGUUCUCCUUAUUGGAGGAAUUCCUAUUGCCAUGCCAACAGUCUUGUCAAUGACAAUGGCUAUUGGAUCAUGUCUGCUGUAUGAACAAGGUGCCAUUGCCAAGCGCAGGUCAGCCAUCUUGUCGAUGGCUGGGAUGGAUGUCCUUUGCUGUGACAAGACUGGGACUCUUACACUCAACGAGUUUACGGUGGUCAAGGACCUGAUUGCGGUAUUUGCAAAGGAUGUAGACAAAGACGGGGUACUAUUGCUCGGCGCUAGAGCUUCGCGAGUUGAGAACCAGGAUGCAAUCGAUGCUUGUAUUGUCAGAAAGUUAGGUGAUCCCAAGAAGGCUAGAGCUGAUAUCACUGAGGUCCAUUUCUUACCUUUUAAUCCUGUGGACAAGCGAACAGCUAUAACAUACGUGGACUCUGAUGGUAACUGGCAUCGAGUCAGCAAAGGUGCACCAGAGAAGAUCAUUGAUCUCUGCAAGGUUGGGAAAGAUGUAAAGAAGAAAGUCCAUGAUGUUAUUGGUAAAUUUGCUGACCAGAAUCUUCGUUCCCUCGCAGUUGCUAAACAAGCUGUGCCGGAGAAAACCAAGGAUAGCGCUGGAGGACCCUGGCAAUUUGUAGGCCUGUUACCUCUCUUUGAUUCCCCAAGGCACGAUAGUGCAGAGACCAUCAGACAAGCACUUAAUCUCGGAGUCAAUGUCAAGAUGAUUACUGGAGACCAGUUAGCCAUAGGCAAGGAGACAGGUCGCCACCUAGGAAUGGGGACUAAUAUGUACCCCUUCUCACUCCUAGGCCAGCACAUUGUCAACAUGAUUAUUUCCCUCUCUAUUGAUGAGAUAAUUGAGAGAGCUGUUGGCUUUGCUGGCGUCUUUCCUGAGCACAAGUACAAGAUUGUGAAUAGUCUACAAGAAGGGAAGCACAUAUGCGGGAUGACUGGUGAUGGCGUGAGUGAUGCACCAGCCUUAAAGAAGGCAGACAUUGGAAUUGCUGCAGCCGAUGCAACUGAUGCUGCCCGAGGCGCAUCUGACAUAGUACUCACCAAACCAGGGUUGAGUGUGAUUCUCGGUGCUGUCUUGACAAGCAGAGAAAUCUUCCAGAGAAUGAAAAGCUACACCAUUUAUGCAGUCUCAAUUACAAUCCGCAUUGUGCUGGCUUUUCUGUUGCUUGCCCUUAUAUGGAAGUAUGAUUUUUCACCUUUCAUGGUGUUAAUCAUUGCCAUAUUGACUGAUGGAAUUAUGAUGACCAUUCCUAAAGAUAGGGUGAAGCCCUCUCCCAUACCUGAUUUCUUAAAGCUCAGGGAGAUUUUGGCUACCGGCAUUGUCCUUGGAUCCUACUUAGCUGUCACGACUGUUGUUUUCUUCUGGGCUGCACAUAAAACGAACUUCUUCUCGGACAAAUUUGGAGUGAGGUCAAUUGGGGACAAUCCCCACGAGCUUACAGCAGCUGUCUACCUCCAGAUGAGUAUUGGGAGCCAGGCACUCAUCUUUGUUACUCGAUCUCGCAGCUGGUCGUACAUUGAAUGCCCAAGUCUCCAGCUUAUGUCAGCCUUCUUUGUUACACAGCUGAUUGCGACUCUCCUUACUGUGUAUGCAAACUGGGGUUUUGCAAGGAUAAAUGGCAUCGGCUGGGGAUGGGCCGGUGUCAUCUGGCUGUGGAGUAUUAUGUCGUAUAUCCCUUUAGAUAUUCUCAAGUUCACAAUCUGGUACGCACUGAGCGGCAGGGCUUGGCAUACUUUAGCAUAUAAUCAGAUGGCUUUCAAUACGAUGGGCUCAAUGGGCAAGGGAGCAACGCAUGCAACGCAAAGUCCCCCACUCGAAACAGGACAACAACACCUGUCCACAAUUGCAGAACAGGCUAGGAAAUGUGCUGGGGUUGCAGGGUUUGAAGAUCUUCAUACCCUCAAGGGACAUGUUUAAAUCAGCGGUCCAAUCUAAGGGGCUCGACAACAUGACAAUUCAACAGCAUUUGAUCGAGGCUGGCAAAGUUUUAGUUGAUGACUGAUUUUUUUUUUUAAAGGAAUUGGCCUUAGAGAUAGAAAGAGGAAUGGAUUGUGCUAUUUCCAUUAUGUUUUUCAUUAGAUGCCAUUGAGGAAUAGUAAUACAUCAAGAAAUUGCAUCAGGGUAGAACGUCGGAGAGAACUGUGAUGUUCUGUCAGUAUGGAGUGCUAAUAUACUCUUCCCUAUUGAUUUCCUCUCAUUCCCUCACCUUUAGAAUAUCUAUUUUCUCCAGAAUGGAGCAGAGAUUUGAACUUCAUAUCUAGGCAUGAUUGUUUGCUCCGUAGGAAUAGAGUAUACGUGAAUCGGUAUCUGAUUGUUUCCUACAGCAGGAGCUCCUGAUUUUGUAGUGAUUUCUUACAUGUGAAGUGCGGCGGUGUAUCAAGAAAGUUCAGCCGCUCAGAAGUACUGUGACAAAAUUGAAAACACUUGCUCCCUCGUGGAGAAGCCAUGGGUAGCUUUAUCAGCAACAUCAC